UCUCCCAGCUUUUUCGUGCAGAGGCAUCACCAAGUUGAAAUAGCAGAGGGGUGACAAGGCGACAAAUCAACUCCUCUCAAUGUUGAGGAGAUGCCUGAUGCAGGAAUGGGAGUGGCCUGAGGGCGAAGGAGCAACUCUUAAUAUUUCCAUGGUAUGUUCAGAACUGGAAUCCAAUAUAAAAAUGGCCUUCAAACUCACCGAAUGGACUUGGCAGCUAAGGAAUAGUCUUUCCUUCGCACAUGGAAGAGGAGUAGUUGAUUGUUUUUCUACUUCUUAUUAUCAAUCCAUCAUUGAUGUUCUCCUCAGAAGAAAGAAUCAGAAUGAGAGAAAUAUUAAGAAAAUACUAGAUAUGCUGAACACAAUGAGAAGACAGAGAUUUGCAAUUAAUACUGACUUGGCUGGAGACCUCAUUACCUACUUUGGAAGGGCCGGCAUGCUUCACAAAUCUGUUCAAGUCUUCAAUGAGGUGAGAAAAACAUACCCAAUACCAAAUUCAUACCCUUACAAUUCUCUUUUCGACGUUUUCGUUAACUCAGGCCACAUAGAUGACGCUCUCAAAUUAUUACAUGUAAUGUUGGAAACCAACAUUGUGCCAAAUAAGAACACUUUCUCCACAUUGUUCUAUUCUUUAUUCAAUUCAAAGAGAUUGCGAGAGGCAGAAAUGAUUAUAUUUCACAUGAUUGAGAGACGUUCUUCUCCAGAUGUUAUACAAUUUACUCAAUUGAUCAACGCCCUGUGCAAAUUAGGGAACAUAAAUAGAGCCUGGGAGCUUGUUCAUUUUGCCAAAAAUAAUGGUGUCCAUCUUGAUUUAGGACUUUUCAACGUUCUGUUGACUGGUCUUGGCUGUGAUUUCUCUAGAAUUAAUUUGCUUCUAACUGAAAUGAAAGAGAUGGGGAUUGUUCCCGAUGUCAUAACUUAUACAAUACUGUUGAAAGCUUUGUGCAAACCUGGCCAAAUUAAGGAACAUGAAUUAUCAAAUAAGACCGGUCAUGUUCAAUGUUCUCUGAAUAUUAUUACAUAUAGGACCCCAAUUCAUUGCGUCUGUAGGUGGGAUGGAGUAAGUGAAGCUCUUGGAUUGGUAGCUAAGAUGAUCAAAAUUGGUUGUUCUCCAAGUGUUAUUACAUAUAAUACCGUAAUUGAUGGUUUAUGCAAGGUGGGUAGAGUAGAUGAGGCUUUUGGAAUUGUAGCAACAAUGAUACAAGAUGGUUGUUUCCCUGAUACCCAUAUUUAUACUACCUUGAUAUAUGGCUUUUGCAAGGCUGGCAGAAAAGAUGAAGCAUGUGUCCUUUUAUGGCAAAUGCUGAAGAUAGGUCCUUUUCCCAAUGCAGUAACAUUUAAUGCUAUAAUUGAUGGUCUGUUGAGUGCCUGUGGUCAUAACGGUGAUUUUUCUACAACUUAUAUGCUUCUAGCUGAAAUGGAACUGAUGGGGUUUGUUCCUAAUGUCAGAACGUAUACAACAAUGAUAAAAUUUCUUUGUAAGUGGGGUCAAAUUGAGGAAGCACAGGAACUCUUCAGAAAGAUAACGCAUGCUCAUCUUUUGCCAGAUAUUGUCACAUUUAAUACCCUGAUUGAUGGUCUCUGCAAGGUGGGUGGAGUAGAUGAAGCUAUCAAAUUAGUAGAUGAAAUGAGGCAUGUUGAUUGUCCUCUUGAUAUCAUAACAUAUACUAGCCUGAUUGAUGGACUCUGCAAGGUGGGUAGACUAGAUAAAGCUCUCAGACUAGUAGCCAAAAUGAUACAUGAUGGUUUAUUUCCUGAUAUCCAUACCUAUACCACCUUGAUGAAUGGCUAUUGCAGCUGUGGAAAAAUAGAUGAAGCCUAUAGUCUGUUUUUACGAAUGAUGAAAAUGGGUCCUCCUCCUGAUGUGGUGACAUUUAAUGCAGUAAUUAAUGGAUUGAAGAAAUAUGGCAGGAUGGUUAUGGCUUUGGAAUGUUUUUAUAACAUGUCCAAAAAGGGUCUACGGCCAGAUGUAUUGACUUAUAAUUCCUUGAUAUGUGGCCUAUGUAAAAUGUGCGAGUUGGAUAAGGCUCAGCAGUUAUUUAAGGAGAUGCUAAGGAAAGGCUGCUCCCCAAGUGCUGUUACUUAUAACUUUUUGAUUGCCGGUUUGUGUCGGAUUAACAAGAUUGGUGAAGCUUGCAUGCAUCUCUCUCAGAUGGAAAAGAGUGGCUAUGUUCUCAGUGUAGUGACAUAUACCAUUCUGAUUCAUGCAUUCUGUAAGAUAGGAGAGUUGAAUAGGGCAUGGGAAAUUUUAAAGGAAAUGGCAAAAAGGGAUUUAAAACCUGAUGAAGUAGCAUACAAUACAAUCAUUACUGGUUUUUGUAAAGUGGGUGAUCUUCCUGGUGCACUCAUGCUGAUGAACAUGAUGAGAGAUGAAGGUUUGGCUCCUAAUCUGAUUAUCUAUAAUAGUUUAAUAAAUGGCCAUCGCAAGAUUGGUGAAAUGGAUGAGGCUUUGAGGAUUUUCGAAAUCAUGAUAAUGGAUGGCAUUACUCCAGAUGUUGUAACCUAUACCAUGCUGAUUGACAUUUUCUGUAGGCAAAACAAAGUUGAUAUUGCUUUGUCAAUGCUAGAUGAGAUGAGAGAAAAAGGUUUAGUUCCGAAUGUUGUCACAUACAACAAAUUAUUUUAUGGCCUCCGUGAUUUGAAUGAGAAGGAAAAAGCAUAUCUAGUGAUGGAUCAAAUGGUUAAACAAGGCUGUGCUCCAGAUCGUACAACUGACUGGUUACUUAGUGACUGGCUAGUUGAUGUUGGGUGAAUAGGUUAAAUCAAAGACUUUGUAAACCAUGAUACUGUUUAAAAUCUAGGUGGGUGCAAUUUGUAUUUCAUAUCAUGUAUUAGACACAGAAGUCACACUAAUGGCUAUAAAUAUUUUCCCAGCCAGAGGUCAAAUUGACUUGUAGACAAACCCCCACCAACUUGAUUGAAAUUCAUGUGAGUUCAUUACAUUAUAAAUGCCAACUCGAUGCAAAGGUAAGGCUGCAGCAUCUCAUAUCAGACAGGAAUGGAAGUUCUUCAAAACAAGAGGGAACCCAGUGAAUUGAAAUUUGAAAGGGAGCAGAACAUGAGCAGAAAGGCUUGGCUCAUCAGUGGGUCAGUAACAGCAUUACUUGUGUACUGGAUCAGGUAUCUCCUUCAAGACCUGCUGUUCAAACUUUUCUAGAAGCCCUCCAACUUUCUGAUUUCCGCAGAAGUUGGCUGGCCAAAUGUACGAUGGUAAUGGUAACGUGUUUUGGUCUUUGAAUAUCAUUUCAAGGUCAGAUACUAGUUGAGAGUGAUUGGCUUCAUUCAUGUUACCUAGCUUUCCCAGAUUCUAGGUUCUAUAGUAUUUCCUUGAAUGGUCUGGAGGCAAUCAAAGUCGAUCCUGAAGAAGUCAAAUUACUUGGAAGAAGUGAAGAAAAUAAUACAAUUUUGGCAUGUGAGGAAUAUAGAAGCAUGAGAAGAAAUUAAAAGACAUUUGCAAGAAUAUGGAAACCGCCAGCGAUUAUAUAAAUUGUCAGAAAGGGGGGUUUCUGACAAGGCUGUGAUGAUCUUAGAGCUGAAAUGUGUGAUUCAAGGACAGGUUUUUAAAAUUUAAUCAGUAAUCUGGAUCCUCUCUCUUUUGACGUGCGGAUCUUUCUAUCAAGUGGAGGGAACUCUGAUCUGCCUUUUUGCUAAUGGAGUCAUAAGAAAGUUGUUUCAAACCACUCCAAGUUUUGUAUUAUAAUUUGAACUGAAACACUAUAUGUAGAGUGCUGGGAUGGAAACAUUAAAGUCUACUGUGUAACACAAAAACAGAGAGAAAUUCCAAAAGCUCAUGGGCAUGUCUUGUGUCUGUAACAAUCUGCCAUGUAGAGGGCAGCAAUUCAAAUCUGGCGACAAUUAUGAUAUUCAUAUAAUAAAAACUUAUUC